AUGGUGGUCGGGGAUACCUGGUUUACAAGGGAACCAGCACGAUUAAUUACAUAUAGGUCAGGAGAACAUAGGUCAAUGAUAGAUUAUAUAUUGGUAAGGGCGAAGAAUAAAAAAUGUGUAAGGAAUGUGAAGGCGAUACCUGGUAUGUUGCAGCAUAGUAUGGUUGUGAUGGAUGUGGCAUCAAAAGAAAUGGAGAGGAGGAAGGAGGGUAAGUUUGUGGCAAAGAGAAAUACAUGGAAGUUGAAGUUGGCGAAUGCACAUAGCAUGGUGGUCGGGAAUACCUGGUUUACAAGGAAACCAGCACAAUUAAUUACAUAUAGGAAUAUGAAGGCGAUACUUGGUAUGUUGCAGCAUAGUAUGGUUGUGAUGGAUGUGACAUCAAAAGAAAUGGGGAGGAAGUAG